GGGAUCAAUUGAUCCCAGCCCUUCAAAUUGAUCCUAUGGCCAAGAAAAGCCAAGAAGCCUUCAAAUUAUUUCACACAACCCAAGGCAAUUUUGUUUGCCUUUUAUCCAAAUCCCCCGCUCAUAAUCCACUUCUCUCUCCUCUCUCUCUGUCUCUCUUCCCUCUCUCUUUCUCAAUCUGCUUGUUUGCGCCCCCUAUUCCCGCUCCCCUAAUCUCCAGUUUCCUUCCUCCGAAAAAAAAAUUCCAAUUCCUACAUGCAAUCUGGUGGCGGAGGAGGAAGCGGGCCCAGCCAGGGAGUGGGCCCGGCUGGCCAUGCCGGAUCGACGUCAUAUGCUGCUUCGCCAUCUUCAUCGUCCUCGGCAGUGUCGACAUCGUAACUGGGUUUUGAUUCGGUGCAGCAUCAACAACAUCAGCAGCAGCAAUACAAUUGGGGUCUAGACAGGAUAAGUCUUGGCGUGUUUGGGACAUGGUCGCGAAUCAAUUAUACGAGUUGUGUGACAUUGUUGGUCUAGAAGCUACAAGGUUGGACCUGGUGCCUUCAUAUGUUCGGCUUCAACGAGAUAAUGAGGCUGAAGUACGAAUAGCUGCUGCAGGAAAGGUCAUACUCUGCUUCCCACUCCUUGUACCUAGUAUCGCCUGCAGAAGUAUCCGCAAGUCUGUAUUGCUGCAAAGGAAAAAAGAGGAAAAAGUAGAAUGGAAUGAAAAAAGAAAGAAAAAAAGGGGGAGUAAAAAAAAAGGAAGAAACAAGAAAAAAUUGGUUGCUUGUUUGAAGCCCAUGUGGGCAAAGGGAAAAAAAAUUUGGUUGGAUUUUUUGUUUGUUUGUUCGAAAGUUGGCAUCAGCAUCGGUAUUGACAUCGGUAUUGGCAUCGGCAUCGGCAUUGGAAUUUGGAAUCUUGCACUUGCACCAAUGGAAUUUUGUAUUGAAAUUGGCAUCGGAAGUUAGCAUAACAAAGCUUGCAUCCACAUCUACUUUGGCAAACUCAUGUCGUGUACUACCAUGAGUUUGACGGGAGGUGUUG